AUGGACGUAGAAGAGUUGAUUGAAUCCAUCAUCCGAGCGAUCAUGUUUAUAGCAGGAAUAAUUGGAAACAACUGGCUGGCUUUGGUCUCUAUGCCCAGGCAGAAAUCUGCCAUUCGCACCAAUGAAAUCCUCUUCAUCAACUUGGCCAUCUCCAACCUCAUCACCAACUACCUGGUGGACCUGCCAGACACCAUGGCAGACUUCGCCGGCCGCUGGUUCCUGGGAGAAACCUUCUGUGGCAUAUUUCGCUUCUGCGCUGACCUCUCUGAAACCAGCAGCAUCUUCACCACCCUCUUCAUCAGUGCUUACUGGCACCAGAAGCUGGUGGGUUCCCUGAAACGGGGAGGGGCCCCGGUCAGGCUGGACAGCCUGGGGCUUGUGGGCUGCCUGCUGGCUGGGAGCUGGACGGUGGCCGUGGUGUUCAGCGUCCCACACUUUGCCUUUGUGUCAGUGGUGGGGAAGAACGAGAGCCAUGAAGAUUGUAUAGACGUAUUCCCAAAUGCCGUUGCCAGGCAGACCUAUGAGAUCAUUUAUCUCACCGUGGCCAAUGCUUUUCCUGUUGCCGGAAUCGUGUUCGCAAGUGUCCAGAUUGUUUUCACUUUGCUCCAGAAUCAAAAACGCAUUGGAAGCCAUUGCUCCGAUCCCAGCAAAGCUAUGGUUAAAAAAGAGAACGACAGAGACAUUAACAGCGGGUCAGUCUGUAGUGUUUCCCAUCCAGGCACCUCCAGGGACCCCAAAGUUUCUGCCUCCUCGACUCCAAGCGAGGCGCCGGCAGGCGAGGGCCAUCAGGCCUCUUCCCUAAAAAGAGAGAACGACAGCAGAGUUUCAGCUCAGUCCAACACUCCAAAGCCCGUCCAGACGGCCCUGAAGGGCGGCUCCGGCUCCGGCACUCAGGAGAGAGCGGCGAAGAGCGUGGUGGCCGUGGCCACGGUGGUCCUGGUGUGCUGGCUGACUCAUCUGCUCCUGCGCAUCACCAGCAACAUCCAGACUUCCUCAAUCGUGGUGGAAGUGGCCAGCUACAUCGCGGCCUCCUACACCUGCAUCAUCCCCUACAUAUUCCUGCACGGAGUGAAGAAACUCUCCUGCUCAUGUAAGAGACAGAAGUAA